GGACCAGCGUCCCCAGCCAGCCAGCCCGCGGAGGUCCCCGCCCCCGCGGUCCAGCUCCCGUCCCGGCCUGUCUCUCCGGGUGCACCUGGAGUAUCCCAGGGCCCGCAGCUCUGCGGGUGAGUUCAGGGGCACGGGGUCCCGGUGCGAGCUUCCAUCUUGCCGCCCGUUUGCAGUGCCCCGGUUUGUGUUCCGACCUCAGCUCUCGCUCAUUCUCUGAGACCUGAGGGGAUGGGAUGGAAAAGCAGCCAGCCGGGGAGUCUCAACUCACCCAGGACCCUGGAGCUGUAGGGAGCGCCACGGUUACUAUCUACUCGGGGGAACCCGGUGCGGCGCACGAAGGUGCCUGCUCACUGAGCCCGAAAUCAGGGGUCAGGUUGAGACAGAAUCUAAGAACUGGGCGGAGGAGGCUCUGGUUCUCACCAUAUUUACAAAGGGACCCCAUCCAAAAGGGCCAACUGUAAUGAAAACUGCGUUUCUCAAGCUCUGAUCGGUUCCAGGCACUGCACUAAACAUCUCGUUAAGUUCUUUGAGCAACCUGUUUGUGGAUAUCAUCAUCUCUUCUUUUCAAAUGGGGGAACUGAGGCCCAGAGCGGUUAAGUAGUUUGCCCGGAAAUUAGCAGGGAGUAGUAACAGAGACAAAUUGAUCUACUUCAGCCCUUUUUGUCCAGGAAGGUGAGUUGGCCCUGGAGCCAAGGCAGUGGCUUAUGGGUGCAGAUGCUUAUCCAGCCCCAGCGCUGCACCUCAAAUGAUGUUAUCGUCUGUACACAGAGCCCUGAAAAACAUCUUUCCAGUGUCUGGCCAGGGGUAUAGGGAGAGACAGAUUUGAGUCCUGAGAAGGACCAAAGCCUACCCAGAACAAUGGCGACCUCCCAGGGCCUCCAGCCCUCGCCACCCCUGGAGCAGGAGGGGAUCCUGAUUGUAAAGGUGGAGGAGGACUUCAGCUGGGAAGAAACAUCCUCCUUGGAGACAGAGUAUCCCAGCCCGGAGACCUUCCGUCAGCUCUUCAGGCUUUUCUGCUACCAGGAGGUGGCUGGACCCCGAGAAGCCCUAAGCCGUCUCUGGGAGCUCUGCUGCCACUGGCUGAGGCCCGAACUGCACACCAAGGAGCAGAUCCUGGAGCUGCUGGUGCUGGAGCAGUUUCUGACGGUGUUGCCAGGGGAGAUCCAGGCAUGGGUGCGGGAGCAGCAGCCGGAGAGCGGUGAGGAGGCCGUGGUCCUUGUCGAAGGGCUGCAGCAGGAGCCCAGGAAACAGAGGGUGAGGUGGGGAGCAAUUUGGCUUGAGGGCCCGGAGACGCUCUCUGAUGACACAGUGCCUGACAGGACGGGGAAACAGUCUUUGAAACACCAGGCAGAGGCCCAGCCAGAGGAGCUGUCCCUAGAGGAAGGGGCUUGGCACUCCAGGAAGCAUCUAGCCCAGCUGAGCCACAGACUGAAGAGAGGCUUCCAAUUUUGGCCAAAGAGGGGUCCAGUGGCCUCCCAGCACCAGGAGACGGCAUCAGCAGCCAAGUCUUUCCCUUCAGCCUGGUCCCAGGUGCCGGUGACCUUGGAGGACGUGGCCGUGUACCUGUCUCAAGAGGAGUGGGGGUGCCUGGACUCAGCUCAGCGGGACCACAGCUGGGACAUGCUGCCAGAGAGUGAGGGACUUGGGAUGCAAUUUGAGGAUGGAGAGGACACCAGAAAGGACACGCCAGUAAGAACAGAGUGGGACCAAAUGCUGUCAGCGCGGUGCAGGGGUCCCAGCCCCCCAACGCUAGUUCAGGAGCCAGCCCCAGUCAGGGGCCUGACCAGGCCUCAGUGGUCUCUGGAAAGAGGAGGUCCCCAAAGGGAGGCAAAGUCAUACACAUGCCCCGAAUGUGGCAAAGGCUUUAGCAAAACAUCCCACUUGACCAAGCAUCAGCGCACACACACUGGGGAGCGGCCGUACCAGUGCCCCGUGUGCGGGAAGGGCUUCAGCGACCGCUCCAACUUCAGCACCCACCAGCGGGUCCACACAGGCGAAAAGCCCUACCGGUGCCCUGAGUGUGGGAAGUGCUUCAGUCAGAGCUCCAGCCUGGUCAUCCACCGCAGGACGCACACCGGGGAGCGGCCCUACGUGUGUGCUGAGUGCGGGAAGCGCUUCAGCAACAGCUCACACUUCAGUGCCCACCGCAGGACACACACGGGUGAGAGGCCCUACAUGUGCCCGGCCUGUGGCCGGGGCUUCCGCCGGGGCACCGACCUCCACAAACACCAGCGGACCCACAGCAGAGAGAAGAGCCCACAGCCAUGCCUCAGGGGUGCAGCCGCCCCCCAGACCCUCAUGGCUCCAGGGGGCCCCUGGGGUCAGAGCCUGACCACCACUCAUGGAAGUCAGUGACAGUUUGUGAAGCUGCCAGAGCUGUUUCUGUCCCGGAACCAGAAACCCUGAUUUUAAGGCAUCUUCAGACCAACUCCAUUUGUUCCCCUGGGCCUGGUGUGAGAACAUGGCUGUGGGACAUUUAGGGUGGAGUUAAUGGGUGCAGAGCAAAUAUAUUUGGGUCUUGGGGCUCCCAUAUACGUGACUACAAACUGGGUGGCUUACAACAACAGAUUUUCUGUUUCAGUUCAGGAGGCCAUAAGUCCAAAGUCAAGGUGUCUGCAGCACUGAUUCCUCCCGGAGGCUCUGAUAGAGAAACCAUUCUGUGCCUCUUCCAGCUUCUGGUGUUGCUGGCAGUC